UGCGAUUUAUUGGGUUUUCUUUCCAACCAAAAACACGUAAAAGUUGAUUGUGAAAGCGUAAAAUUGAUUUUCCACAAUUUCCAGCAGUAAAUCCUGUAAAAAGUAGAAAGAAAACUGCAGUAUGCAGUGUUAGGAAGUUCAGGAAUAAAAAAACAGAGACUGUGAAUGAGAAAGAGGGGAGAAAAUGGGAUAAAUCUGUUGGGAUUCCUGCUGCAUAAAAGAUAAACAAAGAUGAUUGAAACGUGUCCUCGUCGCCGGAUGAUUACCGGAAUAUCCUUUCUUGUUAUACUAACGACUUUGGUACUGAUAAUUGAGUCCAGAUGGACAGGAUCUCCGAAGCCCAAGCAUUUCGUCAUUGAGAACAAUUCAACUUGCUGGAUGAAGGAAGAGUAUGAAAUCAUCCAGGAUUGCCAUCCUUGUUCAGCUUUUGAGAUUGCCAGCAAGAUCAAGGGAGUCUGCAUUCAUACCCACAACAAGGAAGUCCUCAGAUGCAAGAGCGGAGAGACAGUUUCAAGGAGCUGCGACAAAGUUGCCUGGAUGGACAAGAGGAAUUUCUGGACAUUCGAGAGCAUUCUCUGCAUUGUUGGCAUCCUCUCCACUCUCGUAUCUUUUUAUCGGCAGAAACUCCUGGACAAAAAGGUAAUGAUGAGAAUUCACAGGCAGCUGCAUCAGUCAGUUUGAUGAGACGCCUCUCAGGACAAUGAGUUUCUGCCACAAUUUCCUAGCCAGAAAUUCUGGCAGAAGCUCAAUUCUCUGUAAUAUUUUGUUUUUGUAAAUACAACCAUGAGUCAUCGAUCGCAGUUUGCCAUGAAAAAUGCUAAAAAUUGAUGAAGAAUAAUUUAUUUUAUAAAGAAAA